AUGGCUAACGAGAGAACUCUUCUCUCUUGGAUUCGAACAGCGGUGACGUUUGUCACGUUUGGGAUCAUGUUUCUUCAGUUCUUCAGGCUCGAAGAGAAAUCCAACUUCAAGUACGAUAUCGCCGACAAAAAAACGAGAACCAUCCAUGGCAUGAGCCGUCCACUUGCAGGCAUGUGUAUAUUGCUUGGACUCUUCACGGUGUUGUUUGGUGGCUAUCGGUACUUUGAGGUUCAGAGCCUAUUGAUGAGGAGCUACUAUCCAGCAACGAGGUUGUCGAUAGCAGUGUUGAUUUUGGUCAAUGUGGCUUUGUUUGUGUUGCUCUUUACCAUUGAUAUUAAGAUCAGUAUAUAA